CUUUACAAAUGUACUACUAUUGUAAACAGUCGACUUUCAGUAUGCUGGUCGAUCACCGCUUCUGAUGUCUAUAAACGAUUACUUGAACGAGAAAGGAAUGUUGAGGACACCUUCGCGUUCAAUUUCGUUCGACCUAUUGGAUCGGUAGCCGGCGAAUUGAUAUGGCCACGAAGCUACGAUUCAUCGAACGAGUUGACAUUCGACGAAAACGGAGCCGCUUUCCCGCUACAUGAACGUCCAACACUCUCCAAAAUCCUACGGCUGGUGUGCAAUUGCGGGAACAGAUAUGAUCAUAGGGAUCUUACUUCUACCGAGCUCCCACUUGAAUUACCCAAGGCCUUUCAUGCUCAAAAAACGACUUUUUGUGAAUCUGCCGAUUUUAAACGGCUCAUAAGCCUAUCCCGGAGAGAAUAG